UUUUAGAAAAAGAUGAUGGACGAUGCUGCAAAGAAAGCACGAGAGGAAUAUCUCAAAAAAUAUCUCAGCAAAGAUAACAAACGAUCAGGAAAAAAACAUAAGAAGGAAAAAAAUAAGUCUGCCAAUGGAUUGAAAAUUCAUGAAAACGAUGCGUUUGUUGAUGUCGCACAAUGUGCUGAGCAGACAUCUUCAGAUGAUGAGAGUAGCAAAAAUAUUGAAAUACUGGAAAAGAUAAAAAAGCUAGAUUCAGUACCAAAGUUCAAGCCUGCAGCAUUUGAAGCCGUUGAAUUCAAAACAGAAACAAAUGCACCUCGUAAACGACAUGAUUCUUCAUCCGAUGAAAAUAUUACGCCAGAUGAAAUAUCUCUCCCGACUACCAGUUUAGAGUUACGGAAAAGUGCUUCAGUCAGGAAUAAGAAUCAUUCUGGUCAAGAAAUAGUAAGACAGACUAGUGCCAAUUCAGAUGUUUCCUUUCCAACUCACAGAAUAAAGGAUGAACCACUUGACUCAGACGCUUCACCACCAAGAAGGCCAACGAAUUGUGCAAGACGAAAUCGUAAUAAUAAUGAGGAUCAUUCAUUUUCGAGACGGAAAAAAUCAACAAAUGAUCCCAGAUUAGAUAUUUCACCGCCACGUUGCAAAAUAAAAGAUGAACCGCCUGAUUCAGAUCCGUCACCACCAAGAAGGUCAACAAAUUGUAUGAGGCGAAAUUCUGGUGAUGAUGUUUCGGAUGCUUCACCUCCAAGACGCAGAAAACGGACAAAUAAUUCUGACUCAGAUCUUUCUCCACCACGUAGACAUGAUGAUUAUGCUGGAAUUCCAAACCGUGGGAAAGACUUUAUGAAUUAUGGACAUCAAAAACGAAAGCGAAGUGAUAGUGCCGACUCUUAUCGGCAUAAAAGUAAUUGGGAUUCUGAUGCAUCGCAACAUGACAAAAGCGUUGGAAGACGAAAGCACUGUAGAAGAGGACGGGACGGAAGUUCGAGUAGACUUUAUAGGCAUCAUGAAGGUGGUCAAGGACGAAGAGAUUCUCCUGAUGAUAGUAAGACAUCACAUCGUAGUAAACGAGAUCGAGCAAAUGAGAAUGAUGUUAAACCGAUGACUGGGAAAAGCGCUGGUCUUAAAACACUGGAAGCACAUCGAGAAGAAGUGAAACGACUUCAAGAAGAUGAAACAAGAUUACUCAAAAGUUGGGAAGGAUACACGAGCGGUAAAGAUGUAGAAGCUAUUCGUCGUACCAAAUUAACUGGUAAAGGACGUGAAACAAAGGAAGAUCGUGAAAGGAAAGAACGUGAAGCUAAAAAACAACAAGAAUUAGAGGAGAAAUAUAAAAAUUGGAACAGAGGUUUGCGGCAGUUAGAAGAGCGAACCGAAAAAUUAAAUGAAAUGGCUCGAGUGGCACAAGAGGAUUUUGCUCGUCAUGUUGACAAUGAAGCAAUGAAUGAACACUUGAAAAAGCAAUUGCAUGAAAAAGACCCGAUGUAUAAAUAUGUGAAAAAGAAAAAAGAAAAUUCAGAAAUAAAAAGUGGGACUGCAUACCCUAAAUACAAGGGAAGUUGGCCACCGAAUCGUUUCAGCAUUGCGCCAGGUUAUCGAUGGGAUGGAGUGAACCGUUCAAAUGGUUUUGAAGAUCGAAUAGCUGAAACGGCUAAUCGAAAAGUAGCUCAACGUACCGAAUAUUAUGAAAAUAUAGCGAAAUAUGAAGUUUAA